AUGCGUGCCUUUCGCAAGUCUACUCACCUCUCGCGCCAGCUGCUUGCUCCCAAUGGCAUCCGCUGCAAUUCCACAGCUACGCCCACACCCAAGGCGCUUACCUCUGUCCUCAUAGCAAAUCGUGGAGAGAUUGCACUACGAGUCGGCCGCACAGCAUCAGAAUACGGCAUCCGGACCACAACCCUCUACACAGACCCCGAUGCCCGGUCACAGCAUGCCCUCAGCUCGCCCUAUGCCGUCAAUCUCGGCGACCCCUCUGCAUAUCUCGAUGGCGACCGCAUAAUACAGAUUGCAAAGGAGCAGGGCUGCCAGGGCAUACAUCCCGGUUACGGCUUCCUGAGCGAGAACCCGACCUUUGCGAGAAAAUGUACAGACGCGGGCUUGACCUUCAUCGGUCCCCCAUGGAAAGCAAUCGAGUCCAUGGGAAGCAAGAGUGAGUCCAAAGACAUCAUGACCAAAGCCGGCGUCCCCUGCAUUCCCGGAUACCAUGGCUCCAACCAAGAUCCAGAGUACCUCAAGGAGCAAGCAGCAAGCAUCGGCUAUCCCGUGCUCCUUAAGGCCGUCAAAGGUGGGGGCGGCAAGGGCAUGCGCAUCGUCAAGGACGAGUCCGAGUUUCUUGAUCAACUAGCCUCUGCAAAGUCAGAAGCGCGCAAUUCCUUUGGAGACGAAGUUAUGCUAGUCGAAAAGUACAUCACCACGCCGCGCCACAUUGAAAUCCAAGUCUUCGCCGAUAAGCAUGGAAACUGCGUCGCAUUGGGUGAGCGAGAUUGUAGUAUUCAACGCCGACACCAGAAAAUUCUCGAGGAAUCCCCAGCUCCCCACUUGGACGAGGCCGUCAGACAAGAUAUCUGGGAGAAGGCUAGACAGGCUGCUCUUGCCGUGGGCUAUGAAGGAGCGGGAACCGUCGAGUUCAUCUUCGACAACGACACGGGUGAAUUCUUCUUUAUGGAGAUGAACACCAGGCUGCAGGUCGAGCAUCCUGUUACUGAAAUGGUCACUGGUGAAGAUCUUGUAAGGUGGCAACUCAUCGUUGCUGAGGGUGGAAAACUGCCCCUUACUCAGCAACAAAUCGAGCAGAGGAUCAAGGAGAGAGGACAUGCCAUCGAAGCGCGCAUAUACGCUGAGAACCCAGACAUGAACUUCAUCCCCGACUCCGGACUUUUGCUUCAUCUCAAGACACCCCAACCUACUUCCACUGUGCGCAUCGACUCUGGAUUCAUCGCUGGUGAUGAAGUAUCUUCGCACUACGACCCUAUGAUUGCCAAACUCAUUGUCCAAGGCCCUACGCGCGAGGCAGCAAUCCAAAAAUUGCGAGCCGCGCUUGAGGAGUACGAAGUUGCUGGCCCCGUUACAAACAUUGAAUUCAUCAAGCGCAUGUGUGUGUCUCCAGACUUUGUCGCCGGUGACGUAGAGACGGGAUACAUCCAGAAGCACCACAGUGAGCUCUUUACACCUCAGCCUCCGGCACCAGAAGUCUACGGUCAAGCCGCACUGGGUCUCGCUCUUCAGCAAAUUUCUGCGUCAAAAGGAGAUGUAUGGACGGGACCGCCUGUGACAGCUGUUGGCUUCGGCUUCAGCAGCGCCUACCAACAGCGCGAAUUCAACCUCGUUGAGACACCCGCCGACGGCAAAGGCGAAGCCAAAGCAACAAAAGUUACCAUCCGUCAGACAAGUCCCCAGCAAUUUGACAUUGUCGUGGGCGACAAAACAUACAACAACGUCACAUCUUCCUUUUCUCCUUCAAGCAAAACACUAACCUCCUUCUACCCACACACCCGUCUCGAAACAACAUUUGUACGCGACGAAGACCGCAUCACCCUCUUCCACCUCGGCCGCCAACACCGCCUCCGACUCGCCAUGCCCGAGUGGACCAAGAAGGCUCUCGGCGUCAAGGAUGUCGCCAACAGCGUUCUUGCCCCCAUGCCCUGCAAGGUUCUCCGUGUCGAGGUUGAGGAGGGCCAGGAGGUCAAGAAGGAUCAGGCACUUGUCGUAAUUGAGAGUAUGAAGAUGGAGACUGUGAUUAGGAGUCCGAGCCAGGGCAUUGUAAAGAGGAUUGUGCACGGCAAGGGCGAUUUGUGUAAGGCAGGCACUGCGCUGGUGGAGUUUGAAGAGCCUGAGGGCGAGAAGGAGGCGUGA